AUUCCGUGGUCCUAGGAAAUGACAGGGACCCCCAGCCAUUCCUUUCAGUUACCUCUGCUUACCCGUCAUGCUGACACAGAUCCUUUACUGACUUUGAUAGUAAAUGGCAAGGAAACUGUCUUUCUUGUGGACACGGGGGCCACACGCUCCACUUUGUCACUGCUGGAGGUUCCUGCCUCGAAGGACACUGUAAGAAUUCUCACUGCUUCAGGACAGCCACACACUUUACUAGUUUCAAAACCUCUGAAAGUGCAACUCAGCACGGACAGCUCUUCAUUAACUCAUCGCUUCCUGUUAAAUCAUCUGUGCCCUGUCAAUCUACUAGGAAGAGACCUCAUGACUAAACUGUCAGUCUCAAUCUCACUGACAGAACAAGGAUUUUACUGCUCCACUCCUAAGCUCCUGUGCCAAAUCUCCCCACACCCCAAACCCUCUUUUGCAGCCUGGACCCCAGACAUCUCCCCACACACUCUUCUCCUUAAAGCCCUGCACUCUUUUCCCUCAUGCCUUUAUCACCACUUACAGGUCCCCGACACCCUACACUGUACUGCCCAAUAUUUCCCCACUGAAGUAGACACACCUUGGUUAGAAUCUUUUCUCUCUUCAGGUAUUUGCCCCGAGACCCUUCAUAUUCCUUGCAUUUUUAUUUCAUCUACUAAAGCUGCUGCUUCAGUACACCUCACAUAUUCACAAAGCAUUUUCUAUUUAGGGGGUUCAGUCCCCCAUAUGUCUUUGGCCAAAUCUAACACCGUUCGAUGGGUCGAACUUGGGGAAUGGGUCGAGCAAUGUCUAAAUAGGACUGAUUGGCUAUAUGUUGCUCCAGGCAUUUUUGAUACUCCAGACCAUCUGAUAACAAAAGUGUUAAUCCAAAUUGACCUGCCGGUCGUUCGUUCCCUCUGUCAACCAUCUGUUUCUCUAUGCUCUCUACAAACUGAUUUUUUCCCAUGGCUUUCUUCAAUUCCUGACACCCUAUGGUCUCAGGGAAAAAACAAUUUUGGCAGGAUCAUAAAUUGUGAACCUCUGGUUGUUUUUCCAAAAUCAUCCUUCCGUCCUCGCCGUGCGCAAUAUCCUCUUUCUCCCGAGGCCGAACUGGGAAUUGCAGCUGUGCAUAAAGAGCUUGUUGAAAGGGGGGCUAUAAUUCCUAUCAAAUAUUCUCCUGUAAACUCUCCUAUUCUACCAGUAAAGAAAGCUGAUGGCUCUUGGCGCUUUGUCCAAGAUCUCAGACAAGUUAAUUCUGCUAUUUUUCCUAGGGCACCGAUUGUCCCUAAUCCUUCCACUAUACUUUCUACAAUUCCUGCAACAGUUCGUUAUUUCUCAGUAAUUGACUUAGCAAAUGCUUUCUUUUCUAUUCCUGUACAUCCUGAUUCUCAGUUUUGGUUUGCUUUUACUUUUCAAAACCGCCGUUGGACAUGGACCGUUAUGCCACAAGGUUAUACAGAGGCUCCUUGUGUAUAUGGCCAAGCGCUUGCUCAGAACCUGGAAGGCUUCUGGCCUGACAGGGAAAGUGCAUUGAUACAGUACGUCGACGAUUUAUUACUCUGUAGCGAAACAGAGAAAGCAUGCACACAAGAUACAGAAUCACUGCUCAAGUAUCUUGCUGAAAAUGGGCACAAGGUCUCUAAGGCCAAACUGCAGUUAGUUCAGACCACUGUCAAGUACUUGGGUCAUGACAUCACGUGUGGUACCAGAGCUCUGUCAAAAGACCGCAUAACCACCAUCCAAAACUUGCCCAGACCGGUCACAAAACAACAGGUUAUGUCUGUAUUGGGCAUUUUAGGUUACUGUCGACAAUGGAUUUUAAAUUUCUCUGAAAGAGCACAGCCUUUACAAAAUCUAGCUAACACUGCUGACCUUCCUCUUUCUGGUCGCAUACAGUGGAAUGAGCAGGCUGAGAAGGCUCUUAGUGAUUUCAAGAGCGCACUGAUUUCUGCCCCAGCUUUGGGUCUCCCUGACUAUUCUCGUCCAUUCACUUUGUUCGUGGACGAAAAGGGGGGAUACAUGAAUGCAGUUCUAACACAAUUGCACGGGGACAAACAAAGGCCAAUAGCCUAUUUUUCGAAAAAAUUGGAUCCAGUGGCUACAGGACUUCCAACUUGUCUCAGAGCAGUAGCAGCCACAACAGAAGCUGUGCUAGCCAGUACAGAUAUAGUGCUCAUGAGCCCCCUAACAGUAAAGGUGCCUCACGCCGUACACUCCAUUUUAGUACAGGCUAAAACCUCACAUCUCACUACUGCUAGGGCAAUACACUAUCAAAAUGUACUCUGUACCCUGUCAAAUGUCACAAUUGAAAGGUGCACCACCUUAAAUCCAGCUACUCUUCUUCCAACUGAAGAAGAGGGGGAGCCCCACAACUGUCAUGACGAAAUAACUAAAGUCUUAAAACCCAGACCAGACCUGCAGGAAACACCCUUAGAAAUUGGGGAGAUAAUUUUUGUGGAUGGAUGUUCCUUACGAUUGGAAAAUGGAACACCCUCAACCAGCUAUGCAGUGGUCAAAGGUGACCACCUGCUGGAAGCAAACCGAAUUUCUUCAAGUUUUAGUGCACAAGCAGCUGAAUUAAUAGCUCUUACCCGAGCUUGUCAGUUGUCAGAAGGAAAAGUCAUAACAAUCUAUACUGAUUCCAGGUAUGCCUUUGGAGUCUGCCAUGAUCAUGGAGCAUUAUGGAAAUUGAGGGGAUUUAAGACCAGUACUGGCAAACCUAUCCAACACCAAAAAUUAGUAGAAUCCCUCUUAGAAGCCAUAACCAAACCAUCAAAACUGGCAAUAGUGAAAUGCCAGGCCCAUACUGGGAAACAGGACCCUGUUAGCAAAGGAAACGAAUUAGCUGAUCACUUUGCUGAACAGGCUGCUUAUAAUAACGCACCAAUCUCUUUAUUUUUACAGAAAGAUGACAAAGACCCUGAUAAUCAAAUUAUCUCUUUACAGAGCGCAGCCACGGACAGAGAAAAGAGAAAAUGGUUCAAAGAAGGAUCCCUCUCUAAUGGGGUCUGGACCCAUAAGCAAAAUAACAAACCUUUCCUCCCAAAGGCUUCUUUUCCAGGUAUGGCAAAAGUCGCACAUGGCCUGGACCACGCUGGAAAGGAUGCAAUGGUUCAAGAUGUCGAGAGACAUUGGGAAGCUGUAGGCUUCUCUACAUAUGCAGACGCUGUGCAUUAUGUCAAAAAUUUAAUGUAGGAAAGGGUACCCAGGUAAGUCCCGCCGUCACACCUAACCCAAUGGGUCCAUUCGAACAUCUCCAAAUGGACUUCAUUGAACUGACACCAUCAAAAGGGUACCGAUACUGUUUGGUAAUUGUUGAUGUGUUCUCCCGAUGGGUGGAAGCUUUCCCUUCCAAACAUGCAGAUGCCAAAACUGUGGCAAAAGCCUUAAUAAAAGAAAUCAUUCCAGGAUGGGGAAUACCACAAAAAUUGCAGACUGAUACUGGUAGUCAUUUUGUGAACUCUGUAAUAAAUGAAUUGACCACUUGGCUCCAGAUAAAUGUACAUCAUUACUGCAAGUACCAUCCCCAAAGUGGAGGUAUUGUAGAGAGGUGCAACGGCACCCUAAAAUCUAAAUUGGCAAAAAUCUGUGAGCAGACAAAUUUAACCUGGCCAGAUGCUUUACCCCUGGCCUUGAUGGGAUUAAGAGGGAGGACACACCGACAAUUAGGGCUGUCGCCAUUCGAAAUUCUGACCGGACGGCCCAUGCCUGUUGGCAUGGUCAUUGGUAAUGUCAAUCUGCAUACUGUGGACAAUGAUCUUCUCUCCAGUCUUACAGGUCUCCGAGCCUCCCUGAAGGAAGUCCACGAGCAGGUUAAUCAGGCCUGGAGAACCAGUCCUCCAUCAAAGGACUCCCUGAUUCCUCUGGGAACCUGGAUCCUGGUUAGAGAUACUCGAAGGAAGCACUGGCAUCAGCCUCGUUGGAGGGGACCAUUCCAAGUGCUGCUAUCUACACCACAUGCAGUUAAGGUCGAAGGACUGCCUGCCUGUAUACACGCCUCACAUUGCAAGAAAUGGCACUCUUGACUCUAUUACUGAUUCAUCCCUCUUCCCAAUAACAUUUCCAUUAGUUGGUUUAUCUCCCACGUCACCGCCCGUGCUGAUGUUUAGUGGAUGUGCCGAAGAUCUAAAUUACUGGACAUCCUCCCACCUGAAUGGACUGGUACCUGUACCCCUAUACAAUUGGUCAUGCCCUUUCGUCUCCUUCCUUUAAAUGGCCAACAACUUCCAUCCUCUCCCCAUCCCCAUCGUGCUCGCAGAUCCUUAACAUCAUUUGCAAAUUUCUCAUUACAUGGUCCAGGUGUGUAUAUUGACUCAAUAGGUGUGCCUAGAGGUGUUCCUAACAAAUUCAAAGCCAGAGAUCAAGUAGCUGCUGGUUUUGAAUCUCUUUUUCCCAUAAUCACCAUAAAUAAAAAUGUGGAUUGGAUAAAUUAUUUAUAUUACAACCAACAGCGUUUUCUAAAUUUUACUAAAGAAGCUGUUGAAGGAAUACAUGAGCAAUUAGAUAAAACCUCUCUUAUGACCUGGCAAAAUCGCCUAGCACUAGAUAUGCUUCUAGCCGAAAAAGGUGGUGUGUGUGCUAUGUUUGGAGAUGCUUGCUGCACGUACAUUCCAAAUAAUACUGCCCCUGAUGGCUCUAUCACCCGUGCCCUCGCUGGUCUGACUGCUCUCUCCCUGGAAUUGGCUGAAAACUCAGGCAUUGAUACCCCUCUUGAUGAGUGGUUUAUAUCCACAUUUGGCUCUUGGGGCCAAUGGUUCAAAUCCAUUUUUGUUUCCCUUUUAGUUGCUUUAGCUAUUAUUCUUUUGGUUUGCUGUUGUCUUAUUCCAUUAAUUCGUCAUUUUAUCCAAAAGCUUUUUUCUGCCUCUAUGACUAAAGCCUAUUUCCUCCACACAGAACGCAUGAAUUUUCUCUCCCAAUCUAGAUCAUGUUCUUAGACUACUCUCGAUCAAGAUUGUUUGGUUUGAACUAUUCUUUGUUCAAAAAGGGGGGAAUGUGGAAUAAUAAAAAUCUGAAUCAAUGUAUUAAAUAAAAGUUGAACAAAUAAUCUUGGGCUGAGGGCUUUUUACCCAGUCCAAGGGAGGGGAAGAAGAUUUGGGGACUACGCCUUAGUGCAAUGAAUAUUUGGGUAAACAAGUUUAAAGAAAACGCCUUGGUGAUUACUAUCUGUGUGUAUUUGAGUGUAUAAAAAUAUAUAUAAGAAAGUGUAUAUGUAUAUUGUAUUUGCAAGUAUAAGAGUUCUGUGAGUUAAAUUAUAUGAAAUGCAUUGAGAUUGUGAUGAAGGAAAGUUAAGGAUAUUAAGCAUUAGAGCCUAAAUAUAUAAAAUAGCCAUAAGAUUAAUAAAAGAAAUAAAUAAAGGGUGGAUCAGCUUUUAGGGACCGCACCCUGUCCUAGUUAGCAAAAGCAGAAGUUCAUUCCACUUCUAAGGGAAGGCUACUUGUAAAGGUGCAAAAAUGAGAUAACUAUGUGUACGUACUUAAGAGGAAAUAAAAGCCGGUUUGGAAAACCGCAAAGGGCCUCCUGUGACGUGGAUGCUGUCAGUGACAAACUGUCAGCAUUCUGCAGCGGGUCUCUGCUCACCAAGAAAGAUCAAGAAAUAAUAAAAGAAGUUGUUUUGUUUGAA